AUGCAUCUGAUGUACCUCCCCGAGAGCAACGGCACCGGCCGGCGCUACACCCUGAAGAAGGUCACGGACGGCCAGGUGACCAAGUCGGCGCACCCGGCGCGCUUCUCCCCCGACGACAAGUGGUCGCGGCACCGCAUUGCCAUCCGCAAGAGGUUCGCUGUCCUUCUGGCGCAGCAGAAAUAA